AGGUUCUAGUGCUUCUGACUUGUAAAGCAACACACACGCAUAGGCAAAUAGAGUGAGAGUGACUGAGUGAGUGUGAUUAACAGAUAAAACGAUGGAAAUGGAGGGUGAAACGAGGCAGUCAAGAUUUAAGAGGAUUUGCGUCUUCUGUGGGAGCAGCCAGGGCAAGAAGAGUAGCUAUCAAGAUGCCGCCAUUGAGCUUGGCAAGGAAUUGGUCUCAAGGAACAUCGAUUUGGUGUAUGGAGGGGGAAGCAUUGGUCUUAUGGGUUUAGUUUCUCAAGCAGUUCAUGAUGGCGGUCGGCAUGUCAUUGGAGUUAUUCCCAAGACGCUCAUGCCUCGAGAGCUCACUGGCGAAACAGUGGGAGAAGUGAAAGCAGUGGCAGAUAUGCAUCAGCGAAAGGCAGAGAUGGCUAGGCACUCGGAUGCUUUUAUCGCCUUACCAGGAGGUUAUGGGACUCUUGAGGAGCUUCUUGAAGUCAUAACAUGGGCUCAGCUUGGGAUACAUGACAAACCGGUGGGGUUACUAAAUGUUGACGGGUACUACAACUCUCUGCUAUCGUUUGUUGAUAAAGCUGUGGAAGAGGGAUUCAUUAAUCCAAAUGCCCGCCACAUAAUUGUUUCAGCACCAACACCAAAAGAAUUGGUGAAGCAAUUGGAGGAAUAUGUUCCCUGUCACGAAAGUGUUGCUUCCAAGUUGAACUGGCAGAUGGAACAUGUGAGUUAUGCUCAAGAGUAUGAUAUGUCAAGGUAGCUGCAUUUUCAAGAUAUGCAAGGAAUGAUGAGAGCAGAUUGAAUUUUGGAAGUGGAAGAAGCUAAUUAGGAACAUCACUGAUAUGUUUUCUUUUGUCGUGUAAAUUAAUGAUAAUAUAUUGACCUGAUGAGUAUGUGAAAGGAAAUCGUGUUGUUCCCCUUUUGUGAAACGAAGUUCCUGCUUCAGUUGUAAGUACUAGUAGGGACUUGCGAUGUAGCGUUGA